CUUGUUUUAGGAAAAACAUGCAACAUUUUCAUGCUUCAUGUCUCAAACUAGCUUGUCUUAAAAGAUCAAUAUAUCAUCAAAGAUUAAGUUUUUUUCUGUUUUGGAUUGAACUUUGCUAUUAUGUCUUGCUUUCUGUUAUUGGUUUCUGGUUUCUCAAGGUUUUGAAGGCGAGACCCGAAUCUUUUAGACCUAGGAAUAUAGAUUUGUUCUUCACCUCUGUGUCUGCAGCAACAGUUUCAAGUAUGUCAACUGUUGAAAUGGAGGUUUUCUCCAAUUCCCAACUUGUCAUUAUUACCAUUUUGAUGUUUAUAGGUGGGGAGGUGUUUACUUCCAUGGCCGGAUUUUUCUUGAGAAAUUCCAAGUCAAAGGAAGUACGCCACAAUGAUGGAGAAAAUGUUGCUCCCGACCGUGUUAGAAGUACGUCUUCUAAUUCCUCGUAUCCGGGAGACUUUACUUCCAAGGAAAUAAACGAGGCGGGUGAGAUGAGAAAACCUGAUUCCGAGAAUAAGGAAUCAGGCGAAGAUCCUCAUCACAGGAACAAUUCCGACGGGCAACACCUGCAGUCAAUGAAGUUUUUGGGUUUUGUAGUUUUAUGGUAUCUUUUAGUGGUUAAUGGAUUAGGAAUUGCUCUAGUUUCUCUUUACCUAUCGCUUGUUUCAAGUGCAAGGGAAGUUCUAAAACGCAAGGGACUAAAGUUGUUCACUUUCUCUGUUUUCACCACUGUUUCAACCUUUGCAAAUUGCGGCUUUGUUCCAACAAACGAAAACAUGAUGGUUUUCAGCAAAAACUCACUUCUCCUCCUAAUACUUAUCCCUCAAGUCCUUCUAGGAAACACUUUGUUUCCACCCUGCUUGAGAUUUUCAAUAUGGGUUGUGGGGAAAUUAGUUAAAAAAGUAGAGUCCAACUCCAAGUAUCUGCUGGAGAAUACAAAGGAAAUAGGGUAUUCUCACUUGCUUCCAAGGCGGCAUUCAUCGUUUUUGGUUGUUACUGUUUUUGGGUUCAUUGUGGUUCAGAUCCUCAUGUUUUGCUUGAUGGAGUGGAACUCUGAGGCAGUAACAGGGCUGAAUCCAUCGGAGAAAAUAGUUGGCCUGUUAUUCCAGAGCGUGAAUUCAAGGUAUGCAGGGGAAACCAUCAUCGACCUCUCAAUAAUAUCUCCGGCCAUACUGGUUUUACUGGUCGUCAUGAUGUAUCUUCCUCCUUAUACAUCAUUCAUAUUGAUGAAUGAGCAGCAGUAUCCAUCAUCAUCAGAAACAAGUAAAGAGAUAAACACAAGGGGAAAGAUAGUUGAGAGCAUAAUAUUGUCGCAGCUGUCUUAUCUGGCCAUCUUUGUCAUUUUAAUAUGCAUAUCCGAGAGGCGAAAGUUGAAGGACGAUCCUCUCAAUUUCAACGUACUCAAUAUUGUGGUCGAAGUCGUCAGCGCCUAUGGAAACGUGGGGUUUACAACGGGGUAUAGUUGCAAGCGACGGAUAAAAGCAGUGGAUGAUUGUGUGGACAAAUGGUAUGGAUUUGCGGGAAAAUGGAGUGAUGCGGGAAAGAUAAUUCUAAUGGGAGUCAUGUUUUUUGGAAGACUUAAAAGUUUCAACAUCCAUGGUAGUAAAGCUUGGAAGCUUUUGUAAACAUGACAUCUAAUUGAAUCACAAUCCAUUUUGUAAACAUGCUUCAUUUGGCUUGCCAACAUAGGCUGCAGCUUUCGAUAUUCUUCCCUCCCGUAUUUCGCUGCUUAUGCUGCGCCAUCAGCUACACUUUA